UUUUGUCAAUAAUUUGGUAGUGGUGUUCACCAACCCAAUUUAUUUAAAGUUCACUAACAGUAUCGAGUAACUGAAAUUUCCGAUGGUUUUUAAUAUUUAAUUCAUUAAACAAAAUUCUGUUCGUAGGCUCCUCCUACAUGUAAGGUUAAUUUUGUGAUUCUAACCUAAAUUCAGAUUUUUAGAUCGUCAUGGUAUUUUUGUCUGUUAUAAACUGGGCCCGCUGUCGUGGACCCGACGAAUUUUGGAGAAAGCGACGGGUUUUUAGAUUAGCCGCUCAUUAUAUUGGCCGUCGACGAAAUUGUUAUUCGAUUGCAGUUCGAAAUGUUCACCGAGCUCUAGUUUAUGCAACCAAAGCAAGAAAGCUUAAGAAAGAAGAUAUGAAAAGUCUUUGGGACGUUAGAAUAACGGCUGCUUGUGAGCAACACAAUAUUACACUAUUCUCUUUAAGAGAAGGCUUGGACAGAGCUAAUAUAAUGUUGGAUAGGAAAUCUUUGUCAGACUUGGCUUCAUGGGAACCAAAAACAUUUGAAGCCCUCGCUGCUGUAGCUAAAUACAAACUUGAAACAGACAGAUUCAUAGAUGGACAAGAUAAAUGUCACCCCACAGGAAUAAAUCUAAACCUUAAGGAUGUGAUGUUAGAGGCAUGGUUGAAUGAAAAGAAAAAAUAAUUCAGAUGACGUUGUUUCUUUAUUUCUAGUUGUUAGCUGUAC